AGGGAAGACGAGGAUGGGGGUGUCCCGUGCCGGGACUCUGCUGGUCUAGAGUCUCAGGGUUGCCAGGGACAGAAACAACUCAGCUUGAGCUGCAGAGGGAAUCUGUCUGGUUCACAUGGCUGAAAAGUCUGCAGGUUGUAGAGGCCAAUUAGUAGUGAAGUGAAAUGUCCACUGACAGUGAAGAAGUCAGAGGAGUAGGGGUAAGAGUUUUUGUUGUUGAAAAAGACCAAUAAUAGCCAGCGCUUAGGAAGGGGAGGCUCCAGGCCCUAAGGUUAGUGCUUUGUGUGACUCACUGAGUCAGUCCUUCCAUCUGCCCAAGCUGGGUGGCCGGAGCCUGCGAGCUGAGAGGUCAGAGUGGGUGGUGAUGGUGCCGAGGCCCAUGACAUUUUUGCCAUCAGCCAUGUCUUUGCCCUUUUCUGGAAACUUUCUGCUUCUGGCAUGAUGUUUUUGACUUAAAACCAGAGUUGUUUUCUGCUCUGCUGGAAACCAUAAAUAUUUUCAUCCCAAAUUACUGAAAGUUGCUUCUUUACUGGUUGCAAGUUUUCAGAAAGAAAAAAUAUCUCUCCUGUAAAAUGUAGGUGUGGCUUUUGCAAAGCACUCAGGCUCCCACCAUGCUGAGAAAUAGCACAGGAGGUUUCCAUUCUGGCAGGUGACGUGUUUUAGGGGAAGUUUUGGUCAGUAGCGGCCCAGAGGGCUUCAGGACAGCCCUGGGAACGUAGCGAUGAAAGGUCCAGCCUGAGAUAAGCCGUGCCUGGCGUAGGACACAGGGUACCAGGGUCCUCAGCCACUUGAUGGGCUUCUGCUCUAGGUCAGAUGCCACAUGAGACUCUGGGAACAUAGAGCUGCCUUCAUGGAUCUUAAAUGCUAGUGCAGAAAAAGAAUAAACAACUGCACGCAAACACAAUUAUAGUUAGAAACUGUGAUAAGGGCACUUGAAGAAAAAGUGAGCAAUAUAAAGAGAGGUUAUAACAUUGAGAAGGAGUUUGAUUUAGAUUUUAGGGGUCAAGAAGGGCCUCUUUGAGGAGGGGACAAUUCAGCUGAGAAUUGAAGCAUGAGUCAAAAUGAGCCAUGUUCAGUGUGGGGAGAAGAGCAUUCCAGACUGAGGAAAGAGCCCACACGAAGGCCUGGGGAGGGGAGCGUGUGGAUCCCUGGGUGCGGCAGCCAGCGAGGCUGAGUGUGAUGAGCAGGUCAUGGGGAGGAAGAUGAGGCCAAGCCCCAUAGGGCCAUGUGCGUACUGCAUGUGAAGGAUCUUGGAUUCUUAUCCAAAGAGCGGAAGUAGAGAGCAGUGAUGUGAUCAGGUGCUGUGGUCAGAGGUAAGGGUUUAUAAAACCUGCUCAGACUGUUGAGUGGAGAAGGCACUGGAAGAACCAGGUCUGUAAGGAGGCCACUGCAGUCUUCUGGGAGAGAGGAUGAAGACUUGGACUAGGCUGGUGGUGCAAGAGGAAAUGAAUAGUGGAGGUGGGGAGAAGAGAGCCAGACAAGCCCAAGUGUCAUCGAUGGGGAGAAGACUCCUAGGAAGUUAUUACACAGUGGUCAUAGCUGUCCCUGGGCCUCUUAACAUUCUGAGGAAGUCUCAAAUAAGGGGCUCCCCAGGUGCCCAAAUAAUAUGGGAAACUGGGCAGGGGAGGCAUCCAGGAGUCCAAACCACUGGAUUCCUGGAUGUAGCAUUUUGGGGGCAACACCCACCUCCACUCACAUCACUCACAACCUUGCCCUGCCCUCUUUGGGAACUUCCCCAGGGCACUUAAUACAAAGCAAGGGUUCUGGGAGGCUUAUGAAAGAGGUAUGGUAUCCUUUGACCAAAUUUGGAGCUUGGAAACAUACCAGGUACCACAGAACAGGUGCAAGGAUAAUGGACUGGGGGCAACACAGCUGGAGUCCUAUUCCCAAGUGCACUGCUGCUGGCCACCUGAAUGGGGAGAUCAGACCAGGCAGUCACCCGCAGGGCCAGGGUGGCUCCCGCGGAGAGGAUGAGCAAGUUCCUGAGGCACUUCACUGUCGUGGGGGACGACUACCAGGCCUGGAAUAUCAACUACAAGAAAUGGGAGAAUGAGGAGGAGGACGAGGAGGAGGAGCAGCCGCCAGCCCCAGCCUCUGGCGAGGAAGGUGGAGCUGCCGACCCAGCGGCAGCCCCCGUGCCCGCCCCCAGGCCCCCCCUAGACUUCAGGACCACGCUGAGGAAGCUCUUCAGCGCCCACAGGUUUCAGGUCAUCAUCAUUUGCCUGGUCAUUCUGGAUGCCCUCCUCGUGCUUGCCGAGCUCAUUCUGGACCUAAAUAUCAUCCAGCUGGACAAUAACUAUGCCGCCAAGGUGUUCCACUACAUGAGCAUUGCCAUCUUGACCUUCUUCAUGGUGGAGUUUUGCUUCAAGUUAUAUGUCUUCCGCUUGGAGUUCUUCCACCACAAGUUUGAGAUCCUAGACGCCAUCGUGGUGGUGGUUUCCUUUGUCCUCGACAUAGUCCUCCUGUUCCGGGAACAUGAGUUUGAGGCUCUUGGCCUGCUGAUUCUGCUCCGGCUGUGGCGGGUGGCCCGGAUCAUCAACGGGAUAAUUAUCUCAGUUAAGACUCGUUCGGAACGGCAACUGUUAAGGUUAAAACAGAUGAACAUACAACUGGCCGCCAAGAUCCAACACCUUGAAUUCAGCUGCUCUGAGAAGGAACAAGAAAUUGAAAGACUUAACAAGCUGUUGAGACAGCAUGGACUUCUCGGUGAAGUGAACUAAAUGCCUACCUGCCCCACCAAAAGAGAGGACGCUGCCUUGGGGGCUUGUGCCUGUGAGGAGAAAGACAACUGCCUUUCCUAGGCUUGGUUUGGGGCUCUUGCCUCGCUCCUCCCCAAGCUUGGAUUCUAGCCGGUGGGGGACACGGUCUUUUGGAAGGCUUUGUUUCUUCUUUGAUAUGACCAAGAGCUUCCCAUGUGCCAUUCCAACCCUGCACUGUAUAACAAAUAUAUCAUAUUUUCUCACAU